AUGAGUAAAAAAUAUAUAUUUUCUCAUUUUUUUACCGUAAGAAAUGCUUUUUCUUCUGAAAUCAGCAUUGGGAUUCCAGCCAAUGCCUUCCUUCUGCUCUCAUUCUUUCUGAGGCACAGACCCAAGCCCAUCGACCUCACCAUUGGACACUUGGCCUUCAUCCACCUGGUGAUGCUGAUCAUCAUACGGAUCAUAGCCACAGAUGACUUUGAGUCCCAGAAUCUCUGGGAUGACAUCACAUGUAAAGCAGUCAUUUACUCCUACCAGGUGAUGCGGGGCCUCUCCCUGUGCACCACCUGCCAGCUGAGUGUCCUCCAGGCCAUCACCCUCAGUCCCUGGAGCUCCAGGUUGGCCAAGUUCAAACAAACCUCCUCCCAUCACAUCCUGUGUGGCUUCUUCUUCCUCUGGGUCUUCAAUUUGUCCAUGAGUGCUCGUUUUUUAAACUCCAUUGUUGCAACCACACAUUGUAUGUCCUGGAGUCAUAUGUUUGUCACUAACUCCUGCUGUCUUUGGCCCCUCAACUACUUACCCAGGCACACAUUUUCCAUGUUGGGGAUCUUCCGGGACAUCAUCUUCACAGGGCUCAUGGCCUUCCUGAGUGCUUACAUGGUGACUCUCCUGUGCAGGCACAAGAGGCAGUCCCAGCACCUCCACAGCACCAGCCUUUCUCCAAGAGCCUCCCCAGAGCUGAGGGCCACCCGCACCAUCCUGCUGCUCAUGGGCGUGUUUGUUCUGAUGUAUGUGAUGGACUGCACUUUGUACACUUUUUCAGGGAUGUGGAGGACCACUGACCCUGUCCGACUGUGUGUCCAGGUGAUGGUUGGCAAUGGUUAUGCCACCAUUGCUCCAUUGGUGCUCAUCAGUAGUGAAAAACAAAUAAUCACCUUUUUCAAAACUAUGUGA